AUGAUCCGCUUCGGCUGUUCCCAGCUCGUCAUUGCACGGAUGGACCCCUUGGUCAACCCGGGCCUGGCCAUGUCUCCGCACGUGCACCAGAUCGUGGGCGGGAACUCGUUCAACGUCAGCAUGGACCCCGCCACGCACGACCCGGUCCGAGACUCGACGUGCACCAGCUGCACUUUCGCCGAGGACUUCUCCAACUACUGGACGGCCAUCCUGUACUUCCGCGCCCGUAACGGCACGUAUAAGCGGGUGCGCCAGUUUCCCAAUGUCGGGCUCCGCACCGACGGCGGCGUCACCGUCUACUACAUCCCGCCCUACGACGGCAAGACGACGGUCACGGCCUUCAAGCCGGGCUUCCGCAUGCUCGUUGGUGAUGCCGGACUCAGACAGCCCGAGGGCAUGCAGAAGCAGCUCUGCCACCGCUGCCUGGGCGCUGGCUACGACCGCGGCGGCGCCCCCUGCACCGGGACUGACUCGGUGAAGCUGCCGACUCGUUUCUGUGAUGGCGGCAUCCGGACCACCGUCACCUUCCCCACGUGCUGGGAUGGCAAGAACAUCGACAGCCCCGACCACAAGAGCCACGUCGCCUACCCCGAGACUGGAACUUUUGAGUCGACCGGGACCUGCCCCAAGACUCACCCCGUUCGGCUGCCUCAGCUUAUGUAUGAGGUUAUGUGGGAUACCACACCGUUCAAUGACAAGGAUCUCUGGCCCGAGGACGGCUCGCAGCCCUUCGUAUGGAGCACUGGUGACUCAGUGGGCUACACGCAGCACGGCGACUACAUCUUUGGCUGGAAGGGCGAUUCGCUCCAGCGUGCGCUCGACGCCCGCUGCGCCAACGCCGUCUGCAAGGAGCUCCGCACGCAGUCGUCCGAGGAAGCUCAGAGGUGCACUCUGCCGCAGAAUAUUCCCGAGGAUGUUGACGGAUGUGAGUUUGACCCGACCCCUUUUCGGUUUGUAACAUGA